CAGAGAAAUAAUAUAAAACACACUUGGUGGUAGGUGAUCGAAGUCAGAUACUAUUUAAUCGUGAUUUGUUUAAGUUCACGACACAAAAAGCGGCGCGUUUAUAAUCACUGUGAUUCGGUUUUAUAUUUUGUGAUAUCUCUGCCUUUCCAAGCCACAAAAACAACAAACAAAAUGUUCACCAAGCCAUCAACCCUUUUAAUGACGACCUUGGUCGCUCUUGCCACAUGGCAGCCAUCAGCUGCACAAUUGGCCUUCCACACCGAUGCACAUACCAACUCGUUUACAUUGAAGGCUCCAGGUCUGCAGCAAUCGUUUACCCGUUAUUACGGUGGACAACGUCAACAGACACAACAGCUACAACAACAACCACAACAACAACAACAGCAACUGGCUCAACAGCCACAAGUGCAACAGUCACAGUUCGCAGCAACACCACAGACCUACACUGGCUUCCAGCAACCGUCUCAAUAUCAACCAGCACAGCAAGCUGCUACAACAACCUAUUAUCCCCAACAGCAACCACAAGCAGCAGCUCCACAAGUCCAACAACAACAAUACCAACCACAGCAAUACCAACCCCAACAAUAUCAACCUCAGUACCAAGGUGCUUUUGCUCAACAAUACCAACCACAAUACCAAAACCCUUCCGCUUUCGCUCAGCCCCAACCUCAAGUUCAACCUCAAGCUCAACCUCAAGAUCAACAGCAAUAUCUGACCGCACAAGAAUAUGCCGCAUACUUGCAACAACAGCAACAAGCUCAAUACUAUAACCAGGCUGAAGUUGCUCAACCUCAACCUCAACAACAGCAACAAGCUCAAUAUGCCCAACCUCAGCCAACAGCAGCUGCCCAACGUGCCACAUCUGCUGCUCCAGCUGAAAAUGCUGAAACUACUGAAGCCAGCCUAUUGGGAAUUCAGUAUUCACCAUCAAACCAAGUCUCCCAUGUUAAAUUCUCCAGCGGAGGAUUGAAUUAUAAUUUUUAAGAAAUCAAGACCUUUGAGUUAUUUAAAAGGAAAAGAGCCUAUUUGAGAAGAAAUUUUGAAAUCUAUUUUUGUAGAAAUAACUUUGAAUUGUGAACAAUAUUUAUUAAAAUUAAAUUAAACAAAAAUUGUAUACUUAUGAA